AAACAUUUAACCAACGGCGCGGCCAGAGACGGGUCCGUCGGUUCCAGACUCGCUGGAGAAAAGCCGAUCGUAGAAAUUGAAGAGAGAGAAGGUAGACAGAGGAGAGAGAAAGUAGAGCAGGGAGGGAGGGGCUAGAAGGAGAGGGGUUUUGAAGUUGAUUUGGUGGAGAUCUUGUCAGAUCGGAGGAGAACGAUAUCAUCCAUUUGCUUGAGCAUUGUGAUCCUUAUGUCUUAAAUAAUAUAAUGUAGUGUGAUGGGAAGAGAGCUGACAGAUACACUCAUGGACAAGAAGCCUAAUUCUAUUGUAGUGAGUUCAAAUGGUGUCUCCCAUAAUACAGUUCAUGUCGCUCCCAAAAUUUCUGAAGAAAGCAUUGAAGCAGAAGACUAUGAGGUGAAGGAAUGUACUGCAGAAAAAUGUCAGGAGAAGCAAGAUGUACUGGGAAUUAAAAGCACUAAUUUUGAUACUGGCUCUCCCAGGGGAAAAGCAACAAAAUUAGUAGCUCAGAAGUCGUGCUCACCUACAUCAAAAUCUCCUGCUACUGGAAAUUUGCGGACAAACCACACUGUUCCACAGCCAUUUACUCUGGCAACUGACAAGCGUCCUUCCUGUGUAAAUCAUUCUGCUGGGGCUGAAACUGCUACUGCUAGUGUGAACUCUUCAGCUAAUGUUAAUGGUCUGCAGUCCCCCAGCUCUGCUAAGAAAUCACAGCCAAACUCACCUGUAAUGUCAGGGACUCCGUUGCAACCUGAUAAUAAGAAGCACCAUGAUGAAGAAGAUAGUUGGUCUGUUGCUUCCUCUGCUGCAUUAUCUGUGCGGACGGCUAAGUCCAGGGUAACUGUUGGUACAGCUCCCUCUUUUAGAUGUACUCAACGUGCUGAAAAACGGAAGGAGUUUUACUCAAAGUUAGAGCAAAAACACCAAGCUUUGGCGGCAGAGAAAAACCAGGCUGAAGCAAGAACAAAGGAAGAGCGCGAAGCAGCCAUCAAACAGCUUAGAAAGAGCAUGGUCUUCAGAGCAAAUCCAAUGCCUAGUUUUUAUAACGAGGGCCCCCCACCAAAGGCUGAACUCAAGAAGCUCCCAUUGACUCGUGCAGUGUCACCUAAACUGGGUCGGAGGAAGAGCUGCAGUGAUGCAGUUAAUUCUUCCCAGGAAGAAAAGGGAAAAGUUUGUACACGAGCAAACCGCCACAGCUUUGGCAGUUACAAGGAAGGCUCUGCUACCACCCCCACUGCCAAAAACAAAAAUCAGUCGAGCGGGCGGUCUAGCAAUGGCAUUUACAAAGUGAAAGACCGGUCAAAGCAGGCCAAGGAAGCUACAAAAGCAGCCCCUCACACCAUGACUGAGCAGGUGAAUGCAGACAUCACUGUUCAGUCCUAAGUGUCUAGUUUUCUAAUUCGAACUGGGGAAGUCUUGAAUUUUCUAGUUUGUCGUAUGUGGAUGUUCUGAAAGAAAAAGGCUCAUUUUCUUCUCCUUUUGCGACUUGUUUGAUGGUUUGUAUUAAUGUGAACUGUAUAUCUUCUGUAAGUUAUAUUGGUACAUAUGGUAUUUAUAUAUGAAAAGAGUCAUCUUUUUAACAUUAA